GAAAUCCAGCAUCCAAUGGUGGGUAGAGUAGAGAAAUAUAAGUCUAGUAAACCGAGGGAAGAGAAAGAGAAGGGGAGAGUUGCAGAGCAAAACCGGCGGCCACUAGAAAACUAAUGGCGGAAACCCAUUAAUCAAAAUCAAAUGGCGCAUGAGUCUCCUCCUCCUCCUAUGCUAGGAGUACAUUUCUACUAGCGUAGGACAACAAGAUAGACAGAGUAUACUUCUAAUAGGAGUAGGAGUAGGAGUAUUAAAACAAAAAUCGAUCUUCCGUCCUCCUAGUUUAGUUGUCUCUCCUCUUGGCUCUGCUUUAAUUUGUCUCUCCUCUUGCCCCUCUUUGAUCCGCUUGGCACUCUCUCCUCCUGCUGCUGUAGAAUCGAGAUCGAGAGAGAGAGAGAGAUUGAAAAGGCAGCCAGGGAUCUUGUGAAUUAAUGGAGCUGGCCCCUUUUGCGGCGGCCUCCUCCUCCUCCUCCUCUUCCACAGUCACAAACACGUGCAAGCUCAGGCUCAGGCUCAGCUACACCCACUGUUCCAUCGGCUUCGCCCCCCGAGUUCGCAGAUGGAUCCGAGCGGCAGCUGAGGGCCGAGGCGGCGACCAACGGAGGAGCGGCCGCUUGGCUGCAGAUGGCCCCAGAGUCGUGGAGGUCGCUGCCCCACCUGCCGCCCCCGUCGUCACCGGCGGAGGCGGAGGAGGCGGGGGCUUCGCAGCCCGGGACGCGGAGCUGGCCAUGUGGGAGAGGCUGGGAGCGGUUGUCAGGCUCAGCUAUGGCAUUGGGAUUUAUGCCGCCAUGGCACUUACUGGGAGAUUCAUAUGCCAGAUGGCCGGAAUAGACUGCACAGGGGGCUUCCAUCCAUCUCUCUCUGCGCUUGUUGAGGGACUCGGAUAUGCAGCUCCGCCGAUUAUGGCUUUGCUCUUUAUCCUCGACGAUGAAGUUGUCAAAUAUUCACCUCAUGCUCGCGCCAUCAGGGAUGUCGAGGAUGAGGAGCUUCGCAGCUUCUUCUAUGGCAUGUCACCAUGGCAGUUCAUUCUUAUUGUAACUGCUAGCUCAAUUGGAGAGGAGCUAUUCUAUCGUGUCGCUGUCCAGGGUGCGUUGGCUGAUAUUUUUCUGAGAGGCACAGAGCUCAUGAAAGACGCUCGAGGGAUUGCAUCCCUGAGUGGCAUGGUGCCUCCAUUUGUUCCAUUUGCUCAAACGUUUGCAGCAGCCAUCACUGCGGCUCUCACAGGAUCACUCUAUUAUGUGGCUACUGCCCCGAAAGAUCCUACUUAUGUGGUGACACCAGCAAUGCGUUCAAAUACUGGGCGAGAGAAUCUCAAGAAACUAUUUGCAGCAUGGUAUGAAAGGCGGCAAAUGAGGAAGAUAUAUUCCCCUCUUCUUGAAGGAAUCUUGGCUUUCUACCUUGGCUUUGAGUGGAUCCAGACAGAUAAUAUUCUUGCACCUAUGAUCACCCACGGCAUAUACUCUACCGUUGUGCUUUGCCAUGGGUUGUGGAAAAUACACGACCACAGGAGAAGGCUACGGCAAAGAAUUCAGGAAAUCAGACAGGAAGGAACAACAAAUUCAGACACGUUGUAACAGAUCAUGAGAUGGUAGCUAGCUAGCACCGCUUUUCUUGAAUGGCAAAAUGGGAUGAUCAGAUCAGAUCACAGAACCAUGUACAAGACACAGCUGACAAUUUUUGAUGAUCCUUAGGUAGGUAUGUACUUGUACGUAGAAGAUAGAAAGAUUAAGUCAACAUGUACAUAGACAGUAUAUUUGUUGUAUAUCCUCAGUAUAAGUGUGUAUACACAGUAGCAAUAUUUCUACACUUAUGCAACUAAAAUGGGUGAGCAUUUCUCCGCGCAGUUGCACGAAUAGUGACUAGUACUUUCCCUUUUGGAGUGCUGAGUCCUUUCUGGGUUCACUGAAUCCUGGUAUACGCGGAAGAGAGAUGGCUGAGUUCUUUUCGUUGCAUCA